CGAAUGUUUCACGCCCGCUCUCAAACCGUCUACAGAUUCACGUGUCUUAACAUCACAUCGUAGGCCCGAGUACUUUUCGAUUGUUGUUUAACCGAGAAGUACGCACGACUGUCUAAUAAAAAUCUGUGUAAAUAAAAUCGAAUCACCUGCCUAAUAAAUAAUUUUUUCGAUAAAAUGUCGGCAACCGAAGAGUUAUCGUCGAUUUUGGUGAGGAGGCAAGAGCUGAACGACGCAUUGGAUAACGGUGAGGAGGUGAAGAUUAAGUAUAAAGUGAUCAAUAUUUUUACCGAGUUUCACGAGUUUAGUCGGAAGGAAAUCAAGCAGUUUGAAGCCACUUUUAAGAAAUUUAAUACAAAUAAGGAUAAUUACUUGAGCAUAGAUGAACUGAAACGCAUGAUGGAGGUCCUUGGAGCACCCCAAACUCAUAUUGGGUUAAAGCAAAUGAUAAGAGAGGUGGACGAAGAUGGCGAUGGCCGUCUUUCCUUCCACGAGUUUAUGAUGGUAUUCCGCAAAGCACGAGCUGGUGAACUGGACGAAGAAUCCGGUCUCGGACAGUUGGCUCGUUUAGCUGUGAUUGAUGUGGAUAAAGUUGGUGUCAAUGGGGCCAAAGAGUUCUUCCAAGCGAAGAUCAAUGAACUGUCAAAAAGGAGCAAGUUUGAAGAAGAAAUUCGUCAGGAGCAAGACGAAAGAAAACGACUCGAGGAAGAAAAAACACUGAGACGCCAACAGUUCUUAGAAAAAGCCUCUAUAUUUAAAUGUGCUUAACUUUUAUGUUCUGUAUGGUUUAAUAUUUUGUGGCUUGUGUUUGUUAUUGUUUAUUUUUAUAAAUCAUAUUGAUUAAUUAAUUGUAGCUUAAAGUAUUAGUCAUUUAAGAUAUUCCUAUAGUAAUAAAUUUUGACACUAGGUAAUAAUAUUUAAGCAUAUCUCUUGUCAAUUUAUUAGGCAUUACUUUUAAUAGAUAUUCUUUAAUUUAUAUUAUUAUGUGAUUAUAUGCAUAUUUUUAUUUUAAUAAAUUGGAAUAAUUAAA